AUGGCAUUAGGUUGGCCAAUACCUGAUGCAUGCCUCCCUCUCCGCCAAGGUUGGCCGCGCCUCCUUCUCCAGCCACUCUUCACCCAAGGUUGGUCGAUGCUGAUGCACGCCUCCCUCUCCAGCCAAGCCAAGGUUGACCGAUAUCCAAUGCGCGCAUCCAUCUCCGGCCAAUGUCUUCCAGGGCUUGUUCUUGCCAAAGAAGUCCAGAUUGCUAGUGUAUCUAAUAUUUUCUCAAAUGCAUUUAAGAAUAACGAAUUAUUGUUAAAAAAUCACGAAUCGAGGCCAACUGGUGCGAGUCCAUUCCCUGAAGUGAAUGCGACUCAGUGUUUAAAUAAUAUGCCUAGAUUCUACCGCGGACGAGGUCGCGGACAAGGCAGUGGACGUGGAUUUGGUCGUGGACGUGGAAUGAAUCGUGGACGUGGAGCCGACCGUGGACGAGGUCGUGGCAGGUUUGUUUAUUACCGUCAGGGAUAUUUUAAUGAGCAGGAAUCAAAUAGGCCUAUGAAGCGGCCUCAGAACGAUAUUGGUCAGAGUUCAAAGAAAAACGAGGAUAAGUGUUAUCGUUGCGGAAUGACAGGGCAUUGGUUCAGAAAUUGUCGUUCCAAUUCUUAUUUUGUUGAGCUGUACCAAAAUUCCCUGAAACAGAAAAACAAAGUGCCUGAAAAAGUUAAAGCACCGGAAAAUGUCAAUCCCUCAUAA